AUGUCGCUUCUAGAAGUUCAGCUGUCUGUUCUCAAUGUCACGGGCAACACCAGCCUGGAGGAACUCUACGACAUCUAUGACGGGUCAGUGGUGCUUGUCAUCCUCUACGCCCCAAUCUUCCUUGUUGCAGUCGUAGGAAACCUCGUCGUUCUAUUGGCUGUCCUGACUGACCGGCGCAUGCGCAAGAGCUCGGCUAAUUACUUCCUGGUGAAUUUAGCAAUUGCGGAUUUAUUAGUGGCACUCAUGUGUAUACCAAUGACGACAGUUUACUAUAUGUACAAUCUAUGGCUUCUUGGGACCACAAUAUGUAAGGCCACAGGAUACCUUCAAGGAGUCUCCAUCGUUGCCAACGUGUUCACCAUCGUUUUGAUGAGUGUGGACAGGUACUUCGCCAUCAGGCUUCCGCUAAAGCAUCGGCAGGUGUUCACAGUCAGCCGCGUCCGGAGACUCAUCCUUAUGGCGUGGGUGUCCGCAGCAGUGAUAGUCAUGCCCGUAGCUCUAGUCAACCAGGUGGUGAGGCAGGAGUUUGGCCUUCACAGUGUCCAUUGUACAGAAAUCUGGCCUAGUCACGUGAUGCGUCAGAUCUAUGACGUGGCAAUGUUGGUGUGUAUUUACGUCCUGCCUGGCACAGCCAUCGUUGUCCUUUACACCCUUAUGGGUUGUCGGUUGUGGGCAAGAGACAGUCAUCUUCAACGACAGGUAUACGACGUUCUGGUGGCCCGACGCCGGCUAGCACUGAUGAUGAUCAUUAUAUCGAUGAUGUUCGCCUUCUGCUGGCUUCCAUACAACAUCUUCAACAUCUGCCUGGACUUUGAGCUGGACGCUGCAGGCCAGCUGAUCACCAUCUACCCGUUCACAAUUCUUCUGGGUCAUUCCAACAGUGCUCAGAAUCCCGUUCUGUACUGGUUCAUGCAUCGAGGUUUUAAAGCGUUCGUUCUCAAAUUUAUCAAGUGUCAGUGUAGAUCCUUUUGGUUUAGGCAGA